AACUGCAGCAAUUCAGUGCCGGGCUUGCCAGGCCCGCCCCGCCCCCCUUCUUUUACGACACCGCUCGCUUUUCGGCAGAGUGACGUGGACGUCAACAGCAAUGGCGGAAGGAGAAGAAGUGCUGCUGCUGCCAACGUCGGGCGGCGACGGCUGGGAGAACGAUCUUGAAGAAGCUCUGGAAGCAGGAGGUUGUGACCUUGAAACUUUAAGAAAUAUAAUUCAAGGGAGACCAUUGCCUGCUGACCUAAGGGCCAAAGUUUGGAAGAUUGCACUCGGUGUUGCAGGAAAAGGUGAUAGUUUGGCCUCAUGGGAUGGCAUUUUAGACUUGCCAGAACAAGACACUAUUCACAAAGAUUGUCUGUCUUUUCUGGAGCGACUCGCAGUGCCGGAAGAAAAGGCAGCAGAGCUGCUCCUGGACGUCGAGUCUGUGAUCACCUUCUACUGUAAGUCGCGCAGCGUCCAGUACCGCGCCUCGCGUGGCUGGCUGCAUCUCCUCAAGCCCUUGGUGCAUCUCCAGCUGCCACGCAGCGACUUGUACAACUGCUUCUACGCAAUCAUGAACAGAUACAUCCCCAGAGAUUGCUCGCUGAAGGGGAGACCAUUCCAUCUUUUUCGAUUACUCAUCCAAUACCAUGAGCCUGAGCUAUGUUCUUUUCUUGAUACAAAGAAAGUCACUCCAGACUCCUAUGCACUCAACUGGCUCGGAAGCCUUUUUGCGUGCUACUGCCCCACUGAAGUCACUCAGGCAAUAUGGGAUGGGUAUCUUCAGCAAGCAGAUCCAUUUUUUAUUUACUUCUUAAUGCUGAUAAUCCUUGUUAAUGCAAAAGAAGUGAUUUUAGCACAAGAGUGUGACAGCAGGGAGGACGUCAUCAAGUUUUUGGAAAACACUCCAUGCAGUUUAAAUCUGGAAGACGCAGAAGACCUUUUCUCCCUGGCUCAGUAUUACUGCAGCAGAACACCAGCUUCCUUUAGGAAGGAUAACCACCAUCUCUUUGGUAGCACUUUGUUGGGGAUUAAGGAUGACGACUCAGACCUGAGUCAGGCUCUCUGUCUGGCUGUGUCAGUGCCGGAGAUCCUUCAAGCAAACCAGUUUCAAGGGGACGGAGUCCGGUUCUUUGUGGUUGAUUGCCGCCCUGCAGAACAGUAUAAUGCUGGCCACCUGUCCACUGCGUUCCACCUCGAUUCAGAUCUGAUGCUGCAGAGCCCCUCGGAGUUCGCGCAGUCAGUCAAGUCCCUGCUGGAGGCCCAGAAGCAGUCCAUCGAGUCGGGCUCCGUGGCGGGCGGGGAGCACCUGUGCUUCAUGGGCAGCGGCCGGGAAGAGGAGGACAUGUACAUGAACAUGGUGCUCGCACACUUCCUGCAGAAAAACAAAGAAUAUGUGAGCAUUGCCAGUGGAGGCUUCAUGGCACUGCAACAGCACCUGGCAGAUAUCAACGUGGACGGGCCAGAAAACGGCUAUGGCCACUGGAUCGCGAGCACCUCGGGCUCCAGAAGCAGCAUCAGUUCUUCCAUUGAUGGUGAAUCUUCUAAUGGCUCCAAUGAUAGAGGAAUGAAAUCUCUAGUAAAUAAGAUGACUGUUGCUCUCAAGACAAAAUCCGUUAAUGUCAGGGAAAAAGUUAUCAGUUUCAUUGAGAACACAUCAACUCCUGUGGACCGAAUGUCUUUCAAUCUUCCUUGGCCAGACAGAACAUGUACUGAGCGGCACGUGAGCAGCAGUGACCGGGUGGGCAAGCCUUACCGCGGCGUGAAGCCCGUGUUCAGCAUUGGCGACGAAGAGGAGUGCGACACAGAUGAGAUUGACAGUUCUUCAGUGUCAGACGAUGACAGGAAAGAGGUCGUCAACAUUCAGACUUGGAUAAACAAGCCCGACAUCAAGCACCAUUUUCCUUGUAAAGAAGUGAAAGAAAGUGGACACAUGUUUCCUAGUCACCUGCUGGUCACCGCGACGCACAUGUAUUGCUUACGGGAGAUUCUCUCCCGGAAAGGAUUGGCCUACAUACAGUCUCGACAAGCACUAAAUUCAGUAGUUAAAAUCACAUCUAAAAAAAAGCAUCCUGAACUAAUUACUUUCAAGUACGGGAACAGCAGUGCUACGGGGAUAGAGAUCUUGGCCAUUGAAAGACUCAGUUUUGGAGCACGUGUGUGGAGUAAGUCACUGGGGUGCGCGUAGGAAGAUGUCUCUGCUGGUAGCGUAGGUCACAGCUUGGAUGUAAGAAGUGGAGUCCUGAAGGGAAGGAACUGUAUUAACGUGCGUGCAUUUCCCCGUAGGUAUUUGAUCCCGAAUGCAGGAGAUGCAACCAAAGCCAUAAAGCAGCAGAUCAUGAAAGUGUUGGACGCUUUGGAAAGUUAAUAUGAACGAGGAUUAUUUUUCAAAGGCAUCAGUGCAACCAAAAGAAACACAGAGGUACUUUCUCAGCUGAAUACUAAGCGGAGAUGUUUGUUCAUGAGGAUGUUUGGAUCGUCAGUCUGAAAGUGUGAACUACUAUAAUCACUCUCUGGACAGUUUAACAAUUUUUAAAAAAUUAUUUUGCCUUUUUGGUUUUAUAAAAUGAUUUACUAUAAAGGUCAGCUAUUAAGUGACUUUGAGUAACUGCCCCUGUCCCUUAUGAAGUGUGGAUACAGAAAGCAGUUCUAUUCUGAAGAGCUGUUUGAAGGGAAUAUGCAUUACUCAGACUUAAGAACAGCACACACGUCUGUUUGCAGUGGUUUCACUACAACAGAGAUAGGACUCCUUUGGUCGCUGCGUCUAGUUGUACCCAGUGAACAGUAGCAGAAACUAGAGUAUCACAUUGAUCAGUGAGGAAGUGGCCGUGUCUGUGUCUAACAGCUGAGAUCUUCCCAGUGCAGAGAAGAUUCCAGCCAGCUCAGAUGCAGGCCAGCGAGUGAGACGUUCUGGCAUUUCUAAACCAUCUGUACUGUGUACUAACAGUCUGAACACCUCCUCCUCCUCCAUGGUUUCUGUGGAGCAGCCAAGAGCACCACUGUGUGUGGGUGCAGAGUCAGCGGCACUGUGGCACAGUUCCCUCCCUCUCUCUCUCUCUCUCUCUCUCUCUCUCUCUCUCUGAAUACCGGGGUCCUGGUCUCCUCUGACCAAGCAGCCGCUGAGCACACGUGGGUUUCUCCGCCUUGAGCUUGUGGUCCGUGGCCACACGAAUAUCCACGUGAGUGAAAGCUAGAUAACCAGAGAGCUCUGUUAACAGGUUUUUAUCCUCACUUCCUAGAAUUUCUCUCUCCUUGGUUUUUGCCUUUUCUUACUUACUAAAGCUCCACUGGUUCAGAACUUUGUUUUCUUAACAGAAGUGAAAAGUAAAUCCCCCCCCCUCCUGUUUGUCACUUUCUCAGUUUAAUUUAUUGAGGUUUGUAUUAGACAUUGUUGGCACACACACACACACACACACACACACACAGACACACACACAGGUCUGGGCACACCUGUAGGGCCAUGGGAUAACUUCUCUGGAAGUCCUGGAGGCCGCAGAUGGUCAGCAGGCCGCUCGGUUAGAAGAGACGCCCAGCUGUGCCCUGCUUGGGCUCCAUUACUUUGAUUGACUUACUAGAAUCAAGCGGACAGAAGUCAUGAUCCAAAAUCCCUUAGUGUAGAAUUUCAAUCAAAGGUGGACUGGCUGAAGACAUCCGCAUGGAAAUGUGCUUAGUGCGAUACUCCAUAUUUACAACUCCGUGGUGACCACCGUAUUGGGUUGUUUUUUGGUUUUUUUUUUUUUUUUUGCAUCUCCUUUAGAAAAAUAUCCUGAAAUCUCAUUUUUUGCCCGUCUCAUGGGACUUUUUUCAUAAUAAUGUAAAAAUGUGUUACUGUUUAUAAAUUAAAAAUGUAAAUAUACCAGUA